GUAAAUUAAUUAAUAAGAGCGAUGAUUAAAUUGUGAUUAGUGUUAACUUUGACUGUUGUAGUUUGCUUAUGCCAGAUUUCAGACUUUGAAAGAAGCCUUGCUGUUUCUACAAGUCAGUCAGAAUGAAAGACUUGUGUCAAUAAUGGGUCGCAGAGAUGGUGAGCUCCUGUUGGAGCUACUCAAUCUAAUGGAGAGUGCUGUAACUCUGGUGAUACUUCAGGAUACUGUGCCAGUAGUAGUAGCUAUGCUUGCUCUGGGUCUACCAAUGUUCAGGGUACUGCAGGUUUAAUACUUUGUCCAGAUAUUGAUGCGAACUGUGGGGACACCAACCAUCACCUUUAUUCGACGAAUUACUAUUGGUCACUAGUGGUAAACAGUCUUCCUUCAGGUUCAGUAUGCACUGAAAGGUUCUAUAAGUCCGGAGGCAGUAUCGAUCAAGCCCAGAUAAGAAUGAAUAGUAUAUCAGGAGCGACUGCAACAGUUUAUAAAGGACCGAGAGGAGAAGCCAACUACACCGAGAUAGGGAUACUAAAUGCAGGCUCAACAGCUACAGUCUCAUUCAGUACUACUGUUGAUGUUUACGUAGUGAUCAACCCUUACUCAGCCUCUGUUAGUUAUAAUAUUACUGCUAAAGGUGCUAUUGCUCCUACUACAAGUGGAAAUACAACUGAUUCGAUCUCUGGUGGUUCAAAGACGAACUUGACUGCCUUAUGGGUAGUUUUAGGAUGUGUUGGAGGACUAGCUCUCAUUGUGGCUGGCAUUGUCACCUUUAUUUGUAUCAGGAGAAGAAAGAAGAAGAGUAAGAAGGAGCUUCAUCUUGACCCAAUCGUUAUUCCCUCUGGCAAACCUCCCACUCCCACAUUACAAGCCGCUCUUCACAACAAGGUUUCCCAAGCAAAUGGCAAUACUAUAAUUAUUGCAAUCCCUGUGGAUAGUCCUGACGGAAACGCCACUGCUCACAAAAUGGCCAAUAUUCCAAUGUAAGCAAGGUUAUGAGUGUCAUGAAGAGAGUCAGCCAUUGGGCAACUGCUCUUUAAGAGUAAUUCUUUGGAUGAGUUUUA